UAUUUUCCAUUUCUUUGCCUUCUGAUUGUAAUACAACAUAUAAAUUCAAUAAAUUUAUGUUAAUAGGGGUAUGGAUGGAAGGAUUUCAGGCACUAUCAUGGGAAAUCACCUUACAUACUUAUGAUAUCUUUGGGACUGGAGUACAUUGCAAUUGUGAUAUUGAUAAUGAAAAUAUAGCUGAGCUCAGUAUAUUGACAUUUGAAAGUUCUUUUGGAAGCAAAAAGUAUUGUGUUAGUAUAAUCCCCUGCUCAUCACAGUUCCCAAAUUCUCAAAUUAAUGACCAGAUUACAAGUUUUGGCGUGGUGCACCAAGGAACUUUUGCUCCUGUGCAGCAAAAAUUAACUUCUUCAGGUGAACCAUAUACCCCUGCAUAUAUUAUGGCUACUGGCUCUGCUGAUGGAAGUUUGAAACUUUGGAGAAGCAAUGUAGGCAAACCAUCAAUCUUUCACGUGUCUUGGGAGCUUGUUUGUGUUGUUGUCACUCACCAAGGCCCCAUUACUGCAUUGUGUUUGACCGAUUGUGGACGGAAAAUUGCUACAAUUAGCAAGAACAACCAUAAACCUAAUAUCAGCAACGUUCACUUAUGGGAGCUUGCAUGCCUUGGUGCAGGGACCCUUUUGUUUGAAGAUGAACUGUCCUUUGAAAGCAAUAUCAUUGCAGUAGACUGGUUAACUUUAGGAAAUGGUCAGUUUUUACUUGGAAUUUGUUUGCAAAAUGAAUUGCGUGUGUACUCCCUGAAGCAUUUUGGUCAGACCUUGUCAGGCAUCACAAAAUCUUUGGAUACUGAGACUUGGAUCUGCAUUGGGUUUGCUCGUACUUUACCAUCUAAUUGUGGCUUCCUCUGGGGGCCGAAGAGCACAGCAAUAGUUAUACAUGAUCAUUACUUUUGUAUAGUUAGUCCUUGGCUGUUCCUUGGGGAUAAAAACCAUGAUGCUAUGUGCAGCCCUUAUUACAUUGGAGAAACUAAAAAUCACCAUGUCAAUGGGACUGAUGUCGCUGUUUUUGCUGAUGAAUGUUGCAGUAUCAGAAAAUUAUCAGAUGAUAAUUAUGACAGCAAACGUAGACCAAGAUCUCUCACAAACAUUCAUGCUGAAACCAAUAUUCUAUCGAAUAGUUCAUAUCCACGGGUUGCACAGAUGAAAAGUACAACUUCGCUUGGUCUUAUAAGCAUGCCUGAUAUAGCUGAUAAAUUGUGUGGAUCACUGUCCUCUUUUCAUCCUCAUGCUCUCCUCAUUGAUAUAUAUUCAGGUAAGUGGAAACGUGCAUAUUCAGCUUUGAGUCAUCUUAUUGAGCAUCUUUCUUCUGAUAAAAAGAGUUCUGCAAACCCAACCAAUACUAUUCCGGAGAUCCUUUUGUCAGAUUAUUUUGAAGGAGUUGCGAAAACUUCUACUGAUAAAGAAGUUCAGUGGAGUAUGAAUGGCUUAGCAUCCCAAUUUAAGGAAGGUGUUUCACCAUGGACCUUCAAUUGGGAUUCUAUUAGUAAUGACAGCUCAUUCAUUCCGUCCUCUACGAAAUCUGAAUUCAGCUCCUUUAUUGAGCCUCUUGAAAAGUUCUAUGAAUCAGCAGGGCUAACCAGCAUGGAGAAGACAGAAACUCUAGCAAUUAUAGAUCUUCUUGAUGAAAUCAGUAAUAAAUCUUCUGCAUCUGCCUACGAAAGUCUUGAUGAGCCCGGGAGAAGAUAUUGGAUUGCUUUGAGGUUUCAACAACUGCGAUUUCUUCGGUGUGAUGGUAGAUCAGCAUCUCUGGAAGAGCUGACCAUUGAUUCAAGAUUGAUUGGAUGGGCCUAUCACUCUGAUUGUCAGCAAAAUCUAUUGGAUUCGGUUAUCUCUAAAGAACCAACAUGGCAGGAAAUGAGAAGUUUGGGUGUUGGAAUUUGGUUUACUAAUACAACACAGUUGCGUGCAAGG